UUUCUGGUUCUAGCAGUUCUAGGCCUAGUCUCCUAUGUCGACGCGCGGAGAACGCAAAUACGUAGUUAAACGUUACGAGAACCACGAAAGCCCGGGCAUUAACUAACGUAAAAUGUUCGUGCUGGUCCGUUUUUUUAAUGAAUUUGACGGAAAAGUGUAUGUGGUGCCCGUUCGGUGCAUUAAGGACUUCCAUCCGUUAAAUGAAAAUGACUUUGACAAGAAUGGUGUCUACACAACGUACUGGGAAGACCUAGAGAACUCCGAAAAUACAGGAUCCUACUCUUCGCAGGUGCUGCUUCUCGCAAGUUCCAAGGAAGAGCUGGAAGCCAAAAGGGCAUUGAAAAGGGUGCGCAAGGCUAUUAUUCACCCUUCGGAUUUGGAGCAGGGGGAGGGAAGCGAGCAUGAUGCUCCCGCUUCUCAGAAGCAAUCGUCGAAGCUGGACUCCCGCCAGACUUCACAUGACAAAAAAAGACCGAAGGCUCUCCAGUUGGCGUCAGAGUUCUGCUUACCAGAGGAUAUUAGAAGAGCAGCUCGAAAAUGCCAAGAAAAAUGA